AUGGCGACUGUCCUUAAGAGACUCAAGGUCAACCAAGCUCUUUCUUCAUCCCCUUAUGGCAAAGUACAGAAGCGGGGAGCGGCCUCCCAACGAAAGCUCCGGCUGAAAGAAAUACUCGAAACCGGGUCCGUCCCCGAAUCCCCGUCACCCGCAGAACGAGAAUCAGAACUUGGGAGCAAUGCGGCGACGAGGACAACAUCGACAUCGAGACCGACAUCGACAGCGCCAGCAACAUCCACCGAAAGCGGACUCGGCUUCCGGACAAGACAUCCCUUGAAAUGGUCGAACAGCGCGAAGCUAGAAGAAGGCAAACUCCUCGAAGAUGGCAAGCCUCUGGUGUCUCCCAUUCUAGCACGAGACGCGUGCAAAUGCGCGAAAUGCAUCGACCCAUCCGAUCGACAACGCAACUUCUCGUACGCCGACAUCCCGCACGAUAUAGCGUUCCGGGACAUCACGCGGGUUGAAGGGCGCGACGACACGCUCGUGCGCUGGCUCAACGACUGCGCGCCGCACGUGAAAGGCGACACGACGAUCCUGAGCAAAGAGACGAUCGCCAGCCUGAAAAGCGAGUUUCGCAACGCCGCACGCUGGGCUCUGUACCGCCGACCACAGAAGCUGUGGGACGCAUCGUCCUUCCGACGGGACACCGCACGCAUCGACUUCAACGACUACAUGACCGACCCAGGGGCGCUGGCCGAGACGCUGCACCUGCUCUGGCGAGACGGCCUGGUCUUCAUCGACGGCGUGCCUGAAGCCGAGUCGUCCGUCGGCGCGAUCGUCAACCGCAUCGGGCCUUUACAACAGACCUUCUACGGUCCGACGUGGGACGUGCGGUCGGUCCCAGAUGCGAAGAACGUCGCCUACACGUCCAAACACCUGGGGUUCCAUAUGGAUCUGCUGUACAUGCGCGACCCGCCCGGGUUUCAGUUCCUGCAUUGCGUCCACAACAGCAGCAUGGGCGGUGAGUCGCGGUUCGCCGAUACGUUCCGUGCCGUCGACACGCUGUUUGACGAGGACCGCGCCAUGGUGCGCACACUGAUGACGUACCCGGUGCGCUACGAGUACGACAACGACGGCUUCUUCUACUCGGACGCCAAACCGACCAUCCUGAAAAGACAGGAACUGCGCGUGCCUCACCGCGUCACCAUCGACGCCCGCCACGUUCGCGCCAUGAAGGACGUUGGCCAUGUCUUUUGGUCGCCGCCGUUCGUCGGCAAUAUCUCUCCUCAGCCGACGCAUCACGAGCUGGCCCAUUUCGUCGCCAGCAGCAAGGCCUUUGCCGAGAUCAUGGAGCGGCCGGAAAACGUCGUCGAGGAGAAAAUGGAUAGCGGCACCUGCGUCAUCUUCGACAAUCUGCGCGUCGUCCACGCCCGGAAUGCAUUUGACGUCAACUCAGGCAGGCGCUGGCUACGUGGUGCAUAUCUCAAUCGCCAGGACUUUAUCAGCAAGGCCGUUGCCAUGAUGCCGCAGAUGCCACUCAUUCGAUAUGUGGACGCUGACCUCGAAUGA